CACGGGAGCGGUUAUUUCGCACGUGUACGUCAUAUAGAAAGAAGCAGACUGACAUACCCUCUCCUUCCAUCGGAUAAGGCAAAUUUCUCUGUGCUUAAAACCAGUGAAUUGGGGCAUUUUCCUCUUCUUCGGAGCCCUAGCUUCCGAUUGCUUAAACAAUGGGAUCCAAAAUUCUCCCCCAGGCCCUUCUUGUGAUCCCAAGAAACCCCACCCAUUGUCUUCCUCCAAGGAAAUUACUGCUUCCUUCAACAUUCCAUCGUGGUUCCAGUCUCUGCAUUUCUACUUCUCGAGCUUCGUCAAUUUCAAUUGGUUCAAAUUUGGACACAAUCAGCUCCGCAUUUGCUAGACAUGGCUUCGUUGCUAGAGCCGAAUCGGAGAACUCCGGAGAAGGCGAAGUAUCGGAAGAAAGUGAAAAUGUUGAAGGAGAAGUAACGGAAGUAGAAGAACAAGAAGAGAAAGAAGGAAAAGUAGUUUUGGAAAGUGAUGAGGUGAAAGCCGAACUAAAAGUGAAAGAACCCAGAAAGCCAAUAAUCAAGCUUGGGGAUAUAAUGGGGAUAUUGAAUAAGAGAGCAGUUGAGGCAUCAGAGAAGGAAAGACCGAUUCCAGAUAUCAGGACUGGGGAUAUAGUGGAGAUUAAAUUGGAAGUUCCAGAAAAUAGGCGUAGGCUGUCCAUCUACAAAGGCAUUGUUAUAUCAAGGCAAAAUGCUGGUAUACACACUACAAUUAGAGUUCGGAGGAUUAUUGCUGGCAUAGGAGUUGAGAUUGUAUUCCCUCUCUACUCACCAAAUAUCAAGGAAAUAAAAGUAGUCAAACAUAGGAAGGUCAGGAGGGCAAGGCUGUAUUAUCUGAGAGAAAAGCUUCCCAGGCUGUCCACCUUUAAAUGAAAGACAUGGACAGAGUUGGUCUUCAGUUCUUUAUUCUCCAAAAUAGCAUUCUCACUGCAGAUAUUUUGUAAGAACUGAAUUUUCCAUGUAUCCUUUUUUAUUUCUUUUUGUUUUAUGAAAUUUGCUGUAUGCAUAGAUAUGCUAGAUUUUCUUUAUGUACAAACUACAUCAUGUAAUCGCUCAGUUUUUGGACUACUUAGUCCUGACCACUAAAAUAUUUGUUUUCAGCAGUU